UUCUCGGUGCGGAAGUCCGUUAUGUUCCUGAGCUCGGUCACGGAGCGGGACUCGGAGUCAGAACGACCCUAAAAUAAGUUUUUAAAAACACGCCGUUACCGACCGAACCGGCUCACACGGAGGCUCCGGUACCGACAGGAGCCCCACAGUUUCCGGUACACCGGCAGAACCAGUCAGAGCGACCCCUGAACCCGGAGUCCCGCUCCUUCGCAGCUCCGCGGGGCCCGGCGAGGCGCGGCGGGAGGAGAUGGAGCCCGCACCGGCGAAGGCGAAGCCGCAGGGCCGGCUACUGGUGUCCACCCAGCUGGACGCUAAAGACGAGCUGGAGGAGAGAUUGGAGCGUUGCGUUGGAAUCGUCCAGUCGUUGACCAAUGGGCUGUCAGACAGAGAAGCCAAUGACGCGCUCACCGGCAACGUGUGUAAAGGUCAGCAGCAGCAUGAGGAGGUGUGUCUGGGUCUUUUCACUUUGGUCCUCACAGAACCCGCCCAGGCCCAGAGGUGUUACAGGGACCUGACGCUGCUCACCAGAGACGGGAUGAACGUGGUACUGGUGAAGAUCAACCAGAUCCUGAUGGAGAAGUUCCUCAAGCUGCAGGACGUCCCCAGAACCCAGCUGGUGUGGCUGGUCAGAGAGCUGGUGAAGAGUGGCGUGAUGGGAGCCGACGGUGUCGUCAUGACGCUGCUCAAACAGAUCGCAGGAGGAGACAUUUCCACCAAAAACCUGUGGUUGGCUGAGAGCGUCCUCGACAUCUUGCUGGACCAAAAGGAGUGGGUGUUGAAGAGCGGGAUGCUGAUUGCCAUGUCGGUCUACACCUACCUGCGCCUCAUCGUGGACCACGGAGCACCAAACCUGCUGACUCUGCGUCAGAAAGAGGUCGACUACUGCAUCGGCAUGCUGAGGGAGAAGUUCAUGGAGUGUCUGAUCAUCGGCAGAGAUCUGGUUCGUCUGCUGCAGAAUGUCGCUCGGAUACCGGAGAUGGAGCUGGUGUGGAAAGACCUGCUGCAUAACCCCCAAGUCCUCAGUCCUCAGUUCACAGGUGUUCUUCAGCUGCUCACCGCUCGAACUUCCAGGAAGUUUCUGGCGUGUCGUCUCACACCUGACAUGGAGACCAAGCUGCUGUUCAUGACCUCCAGGGUACGUUUCGGGCAGCAGAAGCGGUAUCAGGACUGGUUCCAGAGACAGUACUUGUCCACAGCAGAGAGCCAAUCACUGCGCUGCGAUCUGAUUCGUUACAUCUGUGGUGUGGUCCAUCCGUCCAAUGAGGUGCUGAGCUCCGAUAUCCUGCCGCGCUGGGCCAUCAUUGGCUGGUUGCUCACCACCUGCACGUCGAACGUUGCCGCCUCCAACGCCAAGCUGGCGCUCUUCUAUGAUUGGCUGUUCUUCAACCCGGAGAAAGACAGCAUCAUGAACAUAGAGCCAGCCAUCUUAGUGAUGCAUCACUCCAUGAAGCCUCAUCCCGCCAUCACUGCCACGCUGCUGGACUUCAUGUGCCGGAUCAUCCCUCACUUCUUCCCUCCGUUGGAGUCUCAGGUCCGUCAGGGCGUCUUCAACUCGCUGACCUUCAUCAUGGAGAAGAGAGUGCUGGCUCACCUCGCUCCACUCUUUGAUAACCCAAAAUUGGACCGAGAGCUGCGAUCGAUGCUCCGAGAGCGUUUCCCUGAGUUCUGCAGCGCACCCUCGCCCCCGACUGAAGUCAAAAUGGAGGAGGCUGUUUCCUUGGAGUUGGACAACCAUGUGUUGGACAAGGAGGAGGGUUGCUAUGACAACACAGAGGCCGCCUUCAGCGACGACGAGGAGGAGGUCAACAACAAAGGAAAGAAGAGGGAGUUCAGGUUCCAUCCAAUCAAAGAGGCUGUGGUUGAGGAGCCCGCUGACAUCACACCCUGGCUCGACCAAUUAGACGACACCAUGAAGGAGAAAGUCCAGCAGCUGCAGAAGACCAGUGACACCGAGACUCAGUGUGAGGUCAUGCAGGAGAUCGUGGACCUGAUCCUGGAGGAGGACUUUGACACGGAGCAGAUGUCUGCUCUAGCGUCCUGUCUGGCGGAGCUGUUUAAAGAUCACUUCAGAGGAGACGUGCUGCCGGAAGAGAUCACUGAGGAGUCCCUGGAGGAGUCGGUGUCCAAACCGGUCUGCCUGGUCUUCAGGAACCUGGUCACCAUGCAGGAGGACAACAGUGGCUUCUCAGUGCUGCUCGACAUGUUGGCAGAGUUCUACCAGAAACAGCCCAAGAUCGGAUAUCACCUGCUGUACUACCUCAAAGCCAGUAAAGCGGCGAACGGGAAGAUGAUGCUGUACGAGUCCUUUGCUCAGGCGACAGCGCUCGGCGACCUGCACACCUGUCUGAUGAUGGACAUGAAGGCGUGCCAGGAGGACGACGUCCGGCUGCUCUGCUACCUCACCCCCUCCAUCUACUCUGAGUUUCCAGACGAGACGUUAAGAAGCGGCGAGCUGCUCAACAUGAUCGUCGCCGUCAUCGACUCCACACAGCUGCAGGAGCUGAUGUGUCACGUGAUGAUGGGGAACCUGGUGAUGUUCAGGAAAGACUCGGUCCUCAACAUCCUCAUUCAGUCCCUGGACUGGGAGACUUUUGAGCAGUACAGCACCUGGCAGCUGUUCCUGGCUCACAGUAUUCCUCUGGAGACCAUCAUUCCCAUCCUGCAGCACCUCAAAUACAAAGAACAUCCAGAGGCCUUGUCCUGUCUGCUGCUGCAGCUCCGCAGAGAGAAGCCCAGUGAGGAGAUGGUGAAGAUGGUCUUGAGUCGUCCCUGUCAUCCCGAGGACCAGUUCACCACCAGCAUCCUGAGACACUGGGCGUCCAAGUACGACGACACGCUGGGAGAACACAUCAAGGCCCAGCUGAUCAAGAACAACAACCAGCCCCGCAAGAGACAGAGGUGGGGACAGGGGACACGUGGGGGACACAAGAGACAGAGUCUCCGCAGCUCCAGCAGUAAACUGGCUCAGCUGACCCUGGAACAGAUCCUGGAGCACAUGGACAACCUGAGACUGAGUCUGAGCAACACCAAGAACAACUUCUUCACUCAGACCCCGAUCCUUCAGGCACUGCAGCACGUCCAGGCGAGCUGUGACGAAGCACACAAGAUGAGGUUCAGCGACCUGUUCGCGCUGGCGGAGGAGUACGAGGACUCUCAGUCGAAGCCUCCCAAGUCUCGCCGUAAGGCUCCGGCUUCCUCACCACGCUCCAGGAAGGGAGCGGCUCCGCCCACCAACAACGAGGAGGAGAGUGCCUCCAGCAGCGCCUCGGAGGAGGAGGACUCAAAGCCCAAAGCGCCGAAGAGGAAGAGGAAAGGCUCGUCAGCGGUCGGCUCCGACAGCGACUGACGGAACCCUCUGACCAAUCACAUGCCAGCUGCGCCACAGGGACCGUCAGCCAACCAGCCGCUCUGACACUGGAAGAGGCCCCGCCCCUUCCGAUUACACGCACUGACUGCUGCCGUGGGAGGGGCGGGGCUCUGAGGCGCCACAGACUUUGAAAUCCAUGUGAUGAACGGACUGUUGCUGUUUCCAUGGAGACGAGGACUGACUGAGCUCAGGGUCACAUGUCACGGUGUGGUUACUCUCCCAUGAUGCACCACGAACUCUGGAACAGUGACUGAUUUUAAUACACGAUGAUGAUGAUGAUGAUGACGAGUGUGGUUGUUUGUUGUACUUCCUGUUCGCUUUAUGUCGG